GCCCCGGGGCGGCGGCGCGGCCGCCAUGGCCUGCUGUCACAACGUCACGCUGCUGCUGGACACCGCGGGAGGCGCCGCCGGCCAGAGCCCGCUCCGGCGGGCCGCCCUGCGCCUCCUCACUCACCUGAGCUGCCGAUUCGGCCUGGCCAGGGUCCGCUGGGCCUUCAAGUUCUUCGACUCGCGGGGGGCGCGGAGCCGACCCUCCCGCGCGUCUGACUUCCGCGAGCUGGGGGCCCGCUCCUGGGAGGACUUCGAGGAGGAGCUGGAGGCCAGGCUCGAGGAUGGCGCCCACGGCGGCCACCUGCCGGGCCCGACGCCCAGGGCCGCCCACACGCACGGCGCGCUGAUGGAGACGCUGCUGGACUACCAGUGGGACCGGCCCGAGAUCACAUCGCCCACGAAGCCGGUCCUGCGCAGCCGGGGGAGAAGGCUGCUGGACGUGGAGAGCGAGGCCAGGGAGGCCGGGGGCGCGCUCGGGGGCUUUGCGAACGCCGUCUUCCUGCUGGCCCCCUGCCCGCACUCGCAGAGGGAGCUGCUGCAGUUCGUGUCCGGGUGCGAGGCCCAGGCCCAGCGCCUGCCGCCCGCUCCUAAGCAAGUCAUGGAGAAGCUGCUGCCCAAGAGAGUCCAGGAGGUCAUGAUCGCCCGGAAGGUCACCCUGUACUGGGUGGACACCACAGAGCGGAAUAAGUUGUGGGAGUCCCCAGACCACCUCGGGUACUGGACAGUGUAUGAACUGCUCCACCAUGUAGGAGGCACUAUCUUGCCUUAUGCAACUUUCAGCCAGGAUUUCACAAAAGCAAAGGAGACACUGCUCCAUAGUGAAAGAACGCUGUCUUGUGAACCUCACCUCUCUUCCUGGAUUUCAACUGUGCCAACUGAUUCCACUUUAAACUGUUUGCUCUAUAAUUCUCCUGAGUAUGAAGCCUCAUUUCCAUCGAUGGAAGGAAUGUUAUUUCUCCCUGUCGAAAGCAAAGAGAUUCAAGAAACAUGGGCAGUCACCCUAGAGCCCUUGGCCAUGCAUCAGAGACAUUUUCAGAAACCAGUCAAAAUUUUUCUAAAAGGCACAGUGGCCCAGUGGUUUCUCCCAAUGAGCAGCACUGUGGGCACUGACAGCUGGAUGCUACACAGUCCAGAGGAGAACAAAUUGUCUCAAAGGAUGUCAUUUCAGCAGCUAGUAAGCAGGCUGGCUGCUGAUGAGUUACAUCUGGUUGCCGAUGUGGACCCUGGUGAAGGCUGGCCCCCUAUCACUGGAAUUAUUUCCCCCCUCUCUACCAAUACUACAAUUCUCACUGUGUUCCGCACAGAGGAGGCUGAAUUUCAAAGACAUUUUCUCCAAACAGUUGUGGAAGAGAGCCCCCAGGACACAGCGUCCCUGUUUUCCGAUGUUAUGGAUGGUGUAUUGAAUCAGAUUCACAAUUCACUUGAAGAUCCUGCUACUUUUGCUCCUCCUGUUCCAGAGUGGGCCCAGCAGGAGCUUGGCCGCACCACUCCCUGGAGUGCAGCUGUCUUAGAGAAGUGGUUUCCUUGCUCUAACCUUAGUGGCGCCAGUUCAGAUUUGAUGGAGUCAUUUGGGUUACUGCGGGCUGCCUCAUCUAAUAAAGAAGAGUCUUCCAAAACUGAAAGUGAAUUAACACAUUGCCUCUCCGAGCUCUACCAGAGAAAGUCUCGUGAAGAAUCCACUGUGUCUAGUCAGGAAGACAGCAAAAAGAAACGAGGUAUCCCUCGUACUCCAGUGAGACAGAAGAUGAACACCAUGUGCCGUUCCUUAAAGAUGCUGAAUGUUGCGAGGCUAAAUGUGAAGGCUCAGAAGUUACAUCCAGAUGGCAGUCCAGAUGCAGUUGGAGAGAAAGGGCUCCAAAAGACAGCCAGGGGAAGAAUAGCAGAUAAAUUGGAAAGUAGAGGAAGGACACUAAGAAGUGCUAAACCUAAAGAUUUUAAAACUGAGGAAGAGCUACUGUCUUACAUACAUGAAAAUUACCAAAAGACUGUGGCCACAGGACAAAUCAGAUUGUAUUCAUGUGCUCAGAACAUGAUCUCAACCAUUAAAGCGUUCCUAAAGUCCAGAGGCACCAAGGAAUUAGAAGUGAACUGCCUGAAUCAAGUAAAAAAUAACCUCUUAAAAACUAGCAAAAGUCUCCGGCAGAAUCUAGGAAAAAAACUGGAUAAAGAAGACAAAGUCAGAGAGUGCCAGCUUCAGGUGUUUCUUCGUUUGGAGAUGUGCCUGCAGUGCCCUUCAGUACAUGAAAACAUAGGUGACGUGGAGUGGGUAGUGGAGGAGGUGACAGAUUUGCUGCGCAUGGUGUGUUUAACUGAGGAUUCAGCAUACCUAGCAAAGUUUCUGGAGGAAAUUUUGGGAUUGUAUAUUGACUCUAUCCCAAAGAUGCUUGGAAAUCUUUACGACAGCCUAGGGUUUGUAAUUCCUCAGAAGCUGGCUGGUGUCCUUCCUACAGAUUUUUUCAGUGAUGACUCCAUGACACAGGAGAGCAAAUCACCGCUUCUUUCUGUGCCUCUUAUGUCAAGUGCUCAUAGAUCAGUGUUGGGUGGCACUGAAUCUGACCAACUAGAGGAGCUUCGUACCAGAUCAGCUAAGAAGAGAAGAAAAAAUGCACUAAUAAGACAUAAAAGCAUUGCAGAGGUUUCACAGAAUCUUCGACAAAUUGAAAUUCCCAAAGUGUCCAAGAGAGCUACAAAAAAUGAGAAUUCACACCCUCCUCUUCAGCAGCCUCCACUCCCAGGGAAAGAUACAGUACAAGAAGUCACCAAAGUUCGAAGAAAUCUCUUCAACCAGGAAAUGAUUUCUCCUUCAAAGAGAUCUGUGAAGCAGGGGUUGCCUAGAAGCCAUUCUGUGUCAGCUGUGGAAGGUCUGGAGUAUAAACUUGACAACUUCAAGAGGACCAAAGGUCAUCACAAACUGCUGACUAAGAGUGUGGCUGAGACUCCAAUACAUAAGCAAACCUCCAGAAGGCUGCUUCAUAGACAAAUCAAGGGCAGAUCCUCUGAUCCUGGUCCUGAUAUUGACGUUGUUGAAGAGUCCCCAGAAAAAGGAGAAAAUGAAAUAAGUGUGAGACGAAGUCCUCGAAUCAAGCAGUUGUCAUUCAGCAGGACAAAUUCUGGUUCCUUCUAUUCUGUGUCUCAGCCAAAGUCCCGCAGUGUGCAAAGAGUUCAUUCAUUCCAGCAAGACAAGCCAGACCAAAGAGAAAAUUCUCCAAUCCAAAGUAUUCGGUCUCCCAAGAGCCUUCUUUUUGGGGCAGUGUCUGAGGUGAUCAGUCCCUCAGAGAAGGGUUCAGCUCGAAUUAAAAGGCCUUCAAGAAACACACUGGGUUCUGAGAUACCUAUAGCUAAUCAGACUCCUAAGAAGAGUUACCAGAAAUCUCCAAGCUUUUCUAAAGCUACACCGAGAAGGUUCCCUCGUACACCACAAACUCCAUUGUGUACCCCCGAAAGGCUGCAAAAAUCCCCUGCAGAAACGGCACCUGCCAAACAGGUCAUUUUUAAGGAGUCCUUAAAAGACUCCUCCUCACAUGGCUGGGAUUCACCAUCUCAACCAAAAGUCACUCCCCUGAAAGGGGUGGCAGAAGGAGGUGCCUCUCCUCUUGAAAAGACACCAAGAACUCCCAAGAGGCCAGGUGGUCAGCCACCUGGAUUUUUGCAGAAUUCUACUUGGCCACCUUCAGUGAAUUCCAGUCCAGAAAGCACCUCCUGUCUGGAGGCCCCAGUUCCGUCAACUGCCUGGGCCGGGGAUGAGUGUCCGACUCCUGUCCGGUACUCUCUUAGAACGUCUCCGAGAGCGGCAGCCUUGGGGGUGCGAAGAGAAACUGCUGUCAGGGGCACACCUGUGAAUCAAAAACACCAACAUCCCCCUGUCCCUGGAGCUUCUCAGGCAGAGGAGGCAACCCAGAAAUGGAAGGAUAAAGCUGUCAAAACCCCAAAGAGGCCAGGGAACACAACUAUGACUUCUUCCCCACCUAUGUCUCCAAGGAAACCUUUUACCUCUCCUUUGUGUGAUAUUUCCAAGAGUCCAUUUAGGAAAUCUUCAAUAGACUCUCCUCCCCCUGGAGAACUGGAUUGGAAAGAGUCCCAGAAAUCACCCUGUGUAGCCACAUCUCUCCCCUGUCCUGCUCCCUCAACUCCCCCUCAAAUCUCACAGAUAGCUAAAUCUGACACCAGCCCCCCUCAACCCCCUUCUAAAAUUGGGAAAAGGCACAGAAAGACCUCUAACCCUGAAAGAAGCUUCCUGCAGUGCCAGCCCAACACCUCUGCUGCUCCUAGGGUUGGCAUAAGUGACAACCCAUCUGCCAUCACUGAUGCUGGGAAGGACAAGAAAGAAGUGACCCCCUCUCCUCAGACUUUCCCUGAGAGACAUGGUCACCCUGGGCCUGGUUUCAGGAGUGAUUGGCAUAUAUCCUCUCCUUUGCUUAUUGCAAGUGACACACAGUAUCUCACUCUUCUUGAUGAAGCUGGGGGCUGUGGCAGUGGUAACUUGGAAAGUAACGUUUCUCCAGUGGAAGAAGGUGAGGGGUUAGGGAUGGUGGUUGCUGAUGACAAGCCUUCUCUGUCUAACCCUGGGAUUCCUCCUUCCUCUGGGCCCAGCUCUCCCCUGACACCUUCCUACGACCUGUGCUGUACCGCAGACAGUAGGCAGUGCCAGGCUGCCACACAACUAGAGAACCUGCAAGCUUCAACUUGGCUUUCGAAAGCUUCUGCCAGCCCACAGACCUAUGAGGUUGAGCUGGAGAUGCAAGCUUCUGGCCUUCCCAAGCUUCGAAUUAAGAAGAUAGACCCCAGCUCGUUGGCAGAACCUGAGCCCCUAAGAAGAGAAGAGAGCUCUCUAGGAGAGGAGAGCUCCCUUCCUGGUCUCGGCAUGCCCAGGGGCAACAAGUCCUCAGGCAAACCUGAAAGCACCUGCAUGUCACCCCCCUGCCCUUGCCCCUCGCACAGCACCCCCGGCAAGAGUGGGGGACAAACCUAUAUCUGCCAGUCCUGUACCCCGACCCGCUGCCCCUCUAGUACCACCUCUCCAUUUCAAACAGACAUCGGGGUUUCUUGGACACCAUCUCCCAAGCACAGUGGGAAGACGACUCCCGACACAAUUAAAGACUGGCCACGGAGAAAGAGAGCAGUGGAUUGCAGUAGCAGCACCUCUGCUGGGAGGGGUGACGUCAGCACAGACCUUCCUGGAGGCAUAUCGCUGCUCGAGCUGGAGGGAAAGGAGCAAGGCCUUGAACUCAGCGUCAACAAGACUCCCAUCUUGGGGGAUUUUGAGCUUGAGGGGGUGUGUCAGCUGCCAGACCAGUCACCUCCCAGGGACAGUGUGCCUAAGGCUGAGGAAGCCUUCUCCUGGGGACAGUUUGGGUUGGGUUCCAGGAAGAGACUCCUUUCUGCCAAGGAAGAAGCCGAGUGUCAAGCCAAAAGAGUCUGUGACAAGCAGAGAGAAGACUCAGAAUUUAGUAAGGGUGAAGAGAGGUCCCCGAGUGCAAGUGUGCGGCAGCUCCCCUCCACAGGGGACGACGAGGUGUUUGUUUCAGGUUCCACCCCACCCCCUGGCUGUGCCGUGAGGAGCUGCCUCUCUGCCAGUGGUCUCCAGGCUCUGACCCAGUCUCCACUGCUGUUCCAAGGGAGAACACCCUCCUCUCAGUAUAAAGACGCCAGAGAUGAGGAUGUGGAUGUAUUUCCCCCUAUGACAGAAGAAUCACCUUUCAGCCGAGCAAUCUCCAGGAGACGCCCCAUCAGCAGAACUUACACACGGAAGAAGCUGAUUAGCUAGUUAGGAUGGAACUGGUUGGGAGACUUAACUACAGACACUACUGAACUUGUCCAGAGCCACUGCAGUCUCAGGACAGGAGAAGUGCUCUGAGAGUGGUUUUCUCUGGAUGUAUCAGGAAUUCCAGAUGCAUACCAUAAAGGAAUUCUUAGCAGUGUAUCCAGAAACUCACUUCAUCUGAGCCAGGGCCCUACUGAUGUGCAUCAUAUGUAACCCUGGGCUUGCUGCACAGAAAUAGGAA